AGAGAGAGAGCAGAGGGAGGGAGUCGGUGAGAGUCUCAAACUGCCCAACCUACCUAUCAACUAGGAGGAGAGAGAGAGAGAGGCUGUUGAGGAGCAACAAAAACAACAAACGGCAAAUACUACAAAUCACAUCAGGAGGAGUUCACGCACGCACACACACACACACCAGAGGAGUACCAACAAAGAAGAAGAAUAUAAGAGAGACACCGUCGUAUCUGCCUCGGGGUGAAAUAACAGCCAUGUAUCUGAACAGGGAAGAGGACAAUAGCAAAGGCUCAGUGUCCCUCAGUGUGUUCCUGGUCUCCCUCGCAGUGACAGUGUGUGCUGUUUGGCUGGUGGCUCUUUGUGGCGUCUGCGGUUGGUGUCAACGCAAGCUGGGGAAGAGGAAUAAGCCAGGAGUGGAAACAGCAGACACUCCAGACUCGGCACGUGGGCGAGGGGAGAAGAAAGCCAUCAAUGAUCUAGACAGAGACUUUUGGAAUAACAAUGACAGCAGCACAGUGCAGCAGAGGUGGAGCUCCUAUCCUCCCAAGGAGUUCGUACUAAACAUUUCUCCCUAUGCUCCAUAUGGAGAUCCUCGCCUCACACUCAAGUGAGUCUUGGUUCAAGGCUGGUAAGAGACCUUCCCCUGAGCAGGGCUGUAAGGAGACAGGGGCAGUGCCACCUCCCACCCCCGCCCCUUUCCCUUUAUCCCUCUCAUCUCCUUACUUUCCUUUCCUUUCCAAAUUGAACGAUUUGUUGUGGAUGUAUAAAUGUUGUUGUAUGAUGGCAUUUCCAUUAAUACUCGUAAUAGCGGCAACAAUAUCAACCCACCCAAUGUUAGCACACUGGGGGGCACACAGAGUUACUAAUGAUUACUCGUAAUCAGCUUAGCAAAUGUCAUGUAUGCACAUUAAAGUUUCCCCGCCGCAGCCAUUUGACUAUGACUGCGUGAGGUAAGCGGCACAGCUCUGUAACCCUCCAGGCUCAUUUCUGCUGCUACACCUCACGUCCUGUCACCUUUUAAUGAACACAGAGGCGUAUGUUCACAUGCCCCCCUACUCCCUGCAGCCCUGCCAGUCCCACUAACUCCUGACCUUUAACCUCUCCCCUUUCUCCCAUGGGCUGUAACCAUGGAGACGGACAACCCUCAUACAGCCUUUCCUCUCCAAAUGACAUGUGUAUACUUUAACCCACCUUCUCUGUAACCUAUGCAUCUCCUUGUCCUUUGCUUGUCUGACCUGAGACUUGCCUUUUCGUGGUUGUAGUUGUUGCUGUUGUUAGUGUGGAGGGUUGACCGUUACACCAGGUUGCAGUGUGGUGCCAGUGUUCACCUGUGGUUUACAUCUGUCUGUGGCUUCUCUCUGAUCGUCCUCAGCCUAAUAGUUAAUGUUCAGCGCACUACUAACAUUGUAAGCUCUUCAGCUUCAUCCACCACCUGCCAUUUUGAGAAUUGAGGUAACAGUGUUUGCACUUGAUGCAGUAAAAGUAUUUUUUCACUCACUUGACACUUGAAUCCAAUAAAGCACCUGCAAGGUCAUACCCAUUUCCCCCUGGGCACAACGAGGGCUCUAAGCUUAGACAUCCUGCUACCAGGCAUCUGUCUGAUAAAGUGUCUAAUAACUGAUCAUCUUUAAUAGACCCAGCAGUUGUGGAUUGUGUGUUAAAUCGCCUGGAGAAAAGGGGUAGACGUGUGCUUAUGAACGUCUGAAAACUCUGCCUGAAGAUGGCGGCUGCUGAUCUUAGGUAACCAGCAGGGGCCUGAGAAAUUCAUAAAAAAAACAACCCUCAAGGUUGUAAUUUAUUGUCCGCAGUUUUUCAUAGG